AUGGACGACAAGCCGCAUGGAAGUCGCGAUUCCUCGAAUCAGAGCAAUGGCGAAAAUGUCGGACUACAACAGCGCAGCACCAUACGAGCACUCAUACAAGACUUCAGUCCUAUCUGGGUAACAUGGUCGAUGAAUCUGGGCAUCCUCAGCACCCUGAUGCAUACACUGCCAUACCAGUUCUCGGGCCUACGCACGAUCGCGGCAGUUCUCUACGUCGCCGACCUGGUCGUGUUCAUCUUAUGCUGCACGUUCAUGUCGUUACGAUUUAUCGUGCACGGACAGACUGCCUGGAACGAGAUCACGAACGAUGUCAACGAGCUAUGCUUCAUGGCUUGCUUCCCGAUCUCGUUCAUGACGCUCACGGGAGGCACCGCUUUGAUCGUCAGUACCAGCACCUGGGGCGGCUACGCCUUUACAGUCGUAAGCUACGUCAUGUGGUGGAUCGUGGUCGUCUGGUGCAUGGUCUUCGGUGUUGGGAUCUAUGUCAUCCUCACCCUGAAGAACCUGACGGAAUCAAGGAAUUUGACCUUGGCCAUCAUUCUUCCCGCGGUUGCAACUUCCACCGCAGCAGUCGAAGGCGGGAUAGUCUCAGUAUACGGAAAUGGCAUUACAGCGAGGAUGGCGGUGCCAGCCAUCAUCGUGGGCUUCAUGCUCGUCGGCAUUGGGUUCUUCCUGGGCAUGACGAUACUGGCCUUGUUCCUAAAUCGAAUUCUCGCCAAUAGCUGGUUUGACGGCGUCAAGAGACCAACACUGAUGAUGCUUCUGGGCCCUACUUGUCAGUCCACGGCCGCUCUGCUGAUUCUAUCCAUGGCAGCUAGUAUGCAUUUUCCCGAGUACAACAAGGGGACCUUCUUGCACGAGACUACAGCGACUGCUUUGCAUGGCGCCUGUGUGCUGCUUGCGCUGAUGGUACUUGGUCUGGGGAUAUUCUGGGGACUCUGGGGAGUCUACGGAAUCCUGGAUGCUGUUGUCAAGGGCGAGGCUAAAUGGACGCCGGCCUGGUAUAGCAGCCUUUUCCCGACGGGUACACUGAACACGGCUUUGACACUAUUCGCAGAAGAGUUCGACAGUCCAGCUUUUCGAGUCUUAUCGGCCGGCCUGUUGAUCCUGCUCACAAUCAAUGGCAUCGUCAACGCAGCUACACCAUUCGUGCCAUUGCCAAGCGACAAAUACUGA